AUGACCACGACCACCGCGCAACAAAGGCCUGGUCUUUUGCAGGGCGAGAAUAUUGUUGGCGCCCACAGGGACGGCAUCAUCGGUGGAGCCGUGCGCCGACGGACGUUCCAUCAACCUUGUCUCUACGACCCAGCCUCCUACGCUCAUGGCGAGUUGACCACAGACGUACGCAAAGCUGCGAGCACACCUGAAGCAAUGACUACCACCGCUGCUUCGGCUUCUGCCCACGAAGUGUACGACCCCGAAGAAGUGGUGCCUCGGAAUAGUCCUUUGCUGGCUCCGAAAAAGGUAACCUUCCGACCAAGCCUAAGUCCUCCACCAGACAUCCCACUGGUUCAAGUCAGUCCACCUCCCAGUCCUGGUAGCAGGAAAACUAAGCGUCGACCAAAGGUACGGCCCAGUCAAGGCGAUGCCGUUCUGAUAAGCAUCAUGGACAAUGGAAGGCAUCCGGACAUCGCUACCCUGGCUGGUCAAGAGGCGUUGCCGAGCGAUUCGGAGGAAGUCUCCAGUAGCCCCGACACUGAUAGUUCGAUGGACGAGUCAGAGAUCAUGGCCGAUCGCGAUGACCCAGGAGUGAACGGUGUCGAACAGCAGGCACAAGGACGUGGAAAUCGGAAAGGCGAUGUCCUGCCAGGCUCUCCUUCUGACCUGCAGACGUUAGCUGGAGGUGCUUUGGCGGCUCUUGCCUUGGGGGACCACAAGUCUCCUAGUGAGGAUGGGCGGACAUCGACCACCGUCGGAGACACGGAUACAGAGGCAUCGCGGCCUUCAGAUUCAUCACCUCCUCCCUCCAUCCCUCGGCCUGAAACAGCCAUCCGGAGAGAAGAGAGGCCACAGCCUGUCAUCCCAGCACCAUACAGUCCUACCGACUACUAUUCACCUCGAACCGGAACCUUCACAUCGCCCACGGGUAGUCUAGCGGGCCCUGGCCUCGGCGACCUCCCGCCGAUCCAGAAUGCUUCGCCAAGGUCGGAGUCCAACGGCGGGAUUGCGCUUCCGUCCAUCAGAGAUCAUCUGGGGCCAGAGGCGCUCUCGCCUGCAUCCUUUCAGCAGUCUCCGCCUGCCAUACCCGGUUCUGACAUGUCCGAGUUCACCAUGUGGACAAAGACAAGGAUGAUCCGGAACUACGCGAUGUUCUGUCUCAGAGACCAGAUGGCCCAAGCCGUGGUCGCAGGCGACGAGGCGGACCGCUUUGAACAAUAUCGAAUACGAAAGCCGGCCUGUCAUAAAUACUUCAUGUUCACUUCUAACUUCUCCUGUACAUAUUCGACUUUUUGA